UAAUUUUUUCACAAUCCUGCUCUUCGAUAGGAAAGUUACGAUUUUUUGCAAUUAUCAACACAUCAGAGCACGAAUGGUUACAAAACGGUUAACAAGAGCUCGUAUCUUUAUAUUGUUGGUAUCGCCAUGGUUGCGGGGAUUUCAGACGGGGAUUCCCCAGAGGUAAUCGCUCUUGGACAUGUCAAACAAGAUGGCGACAGGCGGGGAGAAAGAUUUUUCGUAUCCUUUCACUGAUACUUUGUCCUCACCUUCGUCUUCUUCUUCCAGAAUAUCUUUUUCAGAAUCUAACAGUACUGAACCUACAAGUAGUUCGGAAGUUGAUGCAAAGGUGGUCUUAGACGAAGGAAUAUACGGCUGGAUCUUGCAUUUAAUCGAGGAAGGGAAAAUCGCUCGAAUUGUCGAUCCUUAUAACUGGAUUUACGAGCUCGAUUGGCAAGAUGCAGUUUGGAAGUACUGGCAUGAGUUUCGCGAAGCAAGGAGAGGUGGAAAUAGCCCCCUUAAAAAAGACAACUUCAACAUCAGAACGGCAAGCAAUGGUUUAAGAGCUGCUCUGCUGAAUUCUUACAAAGAUAAAGGUGCUAAAGAAUAUCCAGAAAAGAAGGUUAUGGAUGAGGAGAACAAAACAAGCAAACGAUGCUUCAAAUUGCCUUCAAAUGUGGUUGAUAAACUUGCAGGAACAGCCUUUGCUAGUCAUGCUGUUUCGAAAGUUAAUGAAACUUCCAGUUCUAAUGUGACUGAUUUUAGAGAGACAUCCGAGUCUAAGUCAGAUGCACAUGGAGGAGAAAACGCCAUCAAUGAAUCUGCUUCUCAUCUGUCAAGACCACCUCCUAUGGCUUCUAUGGACUUAAAUUCUCUCAGUGUUGAUCCUGAGGAAUCCCAAGUCCUGAUCAAUCACAUACUCUCCCAUGAUGGUAAUCUGUUCAACCCAGAUUUUGGUCUCACUCCAAUGCCUAGUAAUGAUGAGGAAUUGUUACCCAUACUUCCUGACUGGGCAAACACAAGCCAGUAUGAUGCUGAGUCCUCUGGUUAUGAAACUGGUAUAGAUGAGAAUCUGGUGAAAGAAAUGGACCCCUGUGAAGGUCCCUAUCAGGGGGGAAAUAUGUCUUUUAUUUUCCUGGAACAGCCCUUGUCUACUCGUUUUCCUGGAGUUAACAGUACCAGCAGGUGCAAGGUGGUGUUCUCUUCGCCCAAGCACAGGCCUAUGUCUCCUCGUGUGGUUCAUGCAACAGUGAAAAACUGUUAUACUUUAAAAGUCCGUGUCCCUCGCUGUCCAAGAAUUCCAGGAGAACAGUUGGUGCGUGGGAAGUUGACAGUUAAAGUUGUUGUUAGGACGCAGGAGGAUGCCUACAUUGGCGAAACCAAAUACACCUACAACUCUAACCUGCUGAGGCAGUUUGAACAGUGCGUCAAAGCCUUAGAUGACGAAGAUAUGGAGCUUGACUGUACUGGUUCCCCGGUUGAAAACCACGUUACCAUGAGCUUUUAUUGGAAUGCAAUGGCAGCAACGAGUCUCUAAAGCAAUUCAAGGAAAACGCACGAGAGACGACGGACAAGUUAAUUGAAAAUGGCUAUGAGGGGGGCUCAGAACUAGAAACCCAAGAAGUUGAAGUGUCAUUUCAUGAUUGGAAUGAGUCGUCUUCAUCCGUGAAGCGCAGAGAAGAAAAUACGGAGAACGGUAAAAGGUUUGAAACCAGAGAGAUUUUCCGUGAUGAGGAGAACACAAGUUCAACUGAAGUGAGAGACGCCCCCGUCCAUUUAACAUGCAGUCUUUCCACAGAGGAAGAUGCAACAAUACAGAGCAAGGAUGAGAGAAAACAAGACAACGAAGAGAUCUCUAAGCCAAAGAUUUUUGUUCUUCGGAAGCCAUGUUCCCCCGUCCCAAUAAGCAGAAGUCGCUCUAGUUUCCCAGAUCCCCGAACGGACAUUUUUAUUGAGUUGCAAGUCCGUAAUGACCAAAGGACCUCUGAAUACAGCGAUAACCAAGAUGGCACUCCUGACAACGUGACAGAGCACGUGAUCGUUAAUAAACAACUCGUCACAGAACACGUGUCAAACACGAAACACCACGUGACUGUGGAUGUGAAGCACAACGGUACUAAACAGACUGCGAGAGACUGGGAGGCAAAGUAUGUAAAACGUGUCAGCGGCAAGCUGGGGUACUGGUUUCGAUUUUACGAACCAAGUUGUGAGCUAUUGCUGAUGUUUACACUUUACGACAAGCCUUAUCCUACCAAGUCAGAGACGAAGUUGAAGGAAGCAGUCCUGGACUACGUUACUAUUGAGGUCGAGACGAUCAGUUGGAAGUUACAUUCCUCAAGGGAGACCAGAGGAGAGAAGGAGCACGAUAAACGCGAGCUUGCACUUACUCGACAGGUUCCCCUUGUGGCCGUAUCGCCCUCACAGACCAAGGUGUGCAUCAUUAUGAACGAGCUGCAUGAAUUAUGCGACAAUGGAGAAUGGGUGAAGUUUGAAGAAGCGUGCGAGAUGCACCAACAUUCGAGCAAUUCUGAUGUCAAGGUUGCAGUUUUGCUGGAGAAAGCCAUUGCAUUUUUGUACCACCGGGAUCUGGAAAAAGCGGAGGCGACAGCUUUGGAGGCUCUCAGGAUUGUUUCCGAAGCUGACAAUCACCAACUCCUCAUAGGACGAGCUUACUACUACCUUGCGCAUGUCUACCGCCGGCAAAAAAAACUUGGAGAAGCAGUGCGGUGCAUUGACUUGUCCAAGCAGAAUCUUCUCCUGAUCGAUGUCUGCCUUGACCAAAGUUUCAUGGCCUACGAAGAAGGAAAUGUCAUGAAGGAGUUCAUCUCUAGUGGAAGCAUUUUGAGGAAGAAGCUUCUUCUCCAAGCUAAGCACUGCUUUGAGCAUUGUCUUGAUCUCAGUCGGCGGCUGGAUGACAGCAGCAACCGGGUGAUUCCUCACACGCACAGUUUCGCCCUCAUCAAGAUGGCCAUGCUUCUUCUCGAUUGCGGGAGCACCUCAGGACGAGAGCGGUCUGUGAGCAAGGAGCACGUUAUGGAAGCGUCAAAGUUCCUUACUGUUUUGCAAAAUAAUGGCCUGGACGACAUAACCGAGAGAAGAAAACUCCAGUUCCUUUUGGCGCGCUCGGAUCUCGACUACCGGCUUUCUAACUACCAGGCAGCAGCAAGUAGUGCCCAUCAAGCUUUGGAGAUGGCGCAGGAGUACGGCUUCCUACUGGAGGAGAUGCCAGCCCGUGAUCGCAUCUACCACAACCGUCAGUUACUUAAAAAGGGAGGAGCUUACGCUUGUCCAGAAAUUUAAGCUGACGUUAAAAAUUGAAUCAAAUAAUUGUUAUUUUCCUGGUUUUACUAAGACGUGUUGCUAUAAAGCAGAACAAAAUUAAUAACCAAAGGCUCUAAAUUAUUCCUUUUAACCCUUUAACUCCCAGAAGUG